AUGCGUCCCGAUCGCGCCAAGGACACGCGGCCCAAGAAGGCCAAGGCCGAGAGUAAGGUCUCUGUGGCGGUGCGCAGCUGGCUGGCCGCGGUGCUGCCGCAGCUGCCAGUCGACACUGCUGAUGCAGUCUCGCCGCUGUCGGAGGAGACGAUCCUUCGGGUCUGCCCCGUGGCCCCGCCUGCUGGUGGCUGUCUCGGCCGUCCAGCGAGACGCCCUGUGGGGCGGGCAAUCCUGGCGGCGCUGUCGCCCGGCUGCGGCCGGCUGACUCAUCUGGCCAUCAACGAGGGCAUCCCGCUACACAUGGAUGCCGGUGCUAUCAGCGGUGGCGGUGAAGAGAACAUCUUGCGCAGUCCCACGGGCUUGCGGCCACUGUACGGUGACUUUGGACCAGCCGGGGCAGCGAUGGGCUCGGCGCCUUCGGAGGCCGAUUUUGCGGACGCGCUGUGGGUGUCGACACGGCAGAACGGAAUCUUGCAGACUUGGGCGCCGCGGUGGUCCAUGUUCAGCCGGGGCAACAUCAAGGAGAAAGCGCGGCUGCUAGCAUGGGGUGAAGAGGUUAGGGAAAGUGAAGAGAAGACCACGCCGAAAGAAACGACGAGCGAAGCGAGGGAAAAAACAAAAGAAGCGACGAGCAGAGCGAGGGAAAGAAGAGAAAAGAAUCUCUGGGCCGUUGACCUCUAUGCGGGCAUCGGCUACUUUGUCUUUUCAUAUGCCCGGCGCGGCCUGCGCGUGCUCUGCUGGGAGCUCAACCCGUGGAGCGCCGAAGCACUGCGGCGUGGAGGAGUGCGCAACGGCUGGCAGGUGCGCGUGGUGGGCCCAGACAAGGGGAACGCAGCCGGAGAUGAGGACGAGGAGACGUCUUUCCGCCGACAGACCCUCGACGCGGUCGCAGACGACGCCAUUCAGAUCGUUGUGUUUGUCGAGGACAACCGGCACGCAGCCCGACGGCUGGCAGCCCUGCGCAACGCCCACAUCCGCCUGUCGGUGACCCACGUCAACUGCGGGAUGCUGCCGACGAGCCGGGACAGCUGGCGGACGGCCUGGGAUGCGGUGGCCGAGGAUGUCGGGGUCGGGGAAAACGGGUCCGUCCGAGAAUCCGCCUGGCUGCACCUGCACGAGAACGUGGGCGUGGCCGAUGUGGAUGCGAGGCGACAAGACAUCCAGCAGCUGAUGGCCACGUGGGCAGCCGACAGUCCUGGCGUCGCCGGGCAGCUCACCUUGGCCUGCGUCGAGCACGUCGAGCUCGUCAAGACCUUUGCACCGGGCGUCUGGCACUGCGUGUUUGACGUGCGCAUCACGCUUCCAUAG